AUAAAAAGUCAGGGCUGGAAGGGACUCACUCACAUUCAGCCACCCUCACCGGCAUGCUGUGACGAGGGAGGAAUCACGGAGCCUACACUUAGCCCCGGUGAACAGCAGAGCACACUGGGAUAAUUCUGCCCAGAAAAGGAAAAGCAGGCACUUCUGUUCCCAGAGAAAACAACAGGGACACUUUGGGCCUCCCUGCUACAGUCAGGAGUCAUGUGGCUGGAACUUGUCCUGGCUUCAGUGCUGGGCUUUGUCAUCUACUGGUUUGUCUCCAGGGACAAGGAGGAGACAUUACCACUUGAAGAUGGGUGGUGGGGGACAGGGUCAAAGCCAUCGGCCAAAGAAGAUGAGAGCAUCCGGCCCUUCAAGGUGGAAACAUCAGAUGAGGAGAUCAAGGACUUACAUCAGAGGAUAGAUAGGUUCCGGGCAUCCCCACCUUUGGAGGGCAGCCGUUUCCACUAUGGCUUCAACUCCAACUACCUGAAGAAAGUGGUGUCUUACUGGAGGAACGAGUUUGACUGGAGGAAGCAGGUGGACAUCCUCAACCAGUACCCUCACUUCAAGACCAAGAUUGAAGGGCUGGACAUCCACUUCAUCCACGUGAAGCCUCCCCAGCUGCCCUCAGGCCGCAACCCAAAGCCCUUGCUGAUGGUGCAUGGCUGGCCUGGCUCCUUCUAUGAGUUUUACAAGAUCAUCCCAUUGCUGACUGACCCCAAGACCCAUGGCCUGAGUGACCAGCAUGUGUUUGAAGUCAUCUGUCCCUCGAUUCCUGGCUAUGGUUUCUCAGAGGCAUCCAGCAAGAAAGGUUUAAAUUCAGUGGCCACUCCGAGGAUCUUCUACAAGCUGAUGUCACGGCUGGGCUUCCAGAAAUUCUACAUUCAAGGCGGGGACUGGGGGUCCCUCAUCUGCACCAACAUGGCCCAGAUGGUUCCCAACCACGUGAAAGGCCUGCACUUGAACAUGGCCUUCAUUUCAAGAAGUCUUUACACCCUGACCCCUCUCCUGGGCCAACGUUUUGGGAGAUUUCUUGGCUACACUGAGAAGGAUAUUGAGCUCUUGUACCCCUAUAAGGAGAAGGUUUUCUACAGCAUCAUGAGGGAGAGUGGCUACAUGCACAUCCAGGCCACCAAGCCAGAUACUGUAGGCUGUGCUCUGAAUGACUCUCCCGUGGGCCUGGCUGCCUACAUCUUAGAAAAGUUCUCCACCUGGACCAAGUCAGAAUACCGGGAACUGGAGGAUGGAGGCCUGGAGAGGAAGUUCUCCCUGGAAGAUUUGCUGACUAACAUCAUGAUCUACUGGACAACAGGAACCAUUGUCUCUUCCCAACGCUUUUACAAGGAAAACUUGGGUCAGGGACUCAUGGUCCAUAGACAUGAGGGGAUGAAGGUCUUUGUGCCGACCGGCUUUUCAGCCUUCCCUUCUGAGCUACUGCAUGCCCCAGAAAAGUGGGUGAAGGUCAAGUACCCCAAACUCAUCUCCUAUUCCUACAUGGAACGUGGGGGCCACUUUGCUGCCUUUGAAGAGCCCAAGCUUCUGGCCCAGGACAUCCGCAAGUUUGUGUCCCUGGCUGAGCUGCAGUCAUGACACUAGAUACCAAUUAGCAGCAGCCCUGAUUUCUCCUGAGUCACACUUAUAGAAGAUGACCUUUUUCUGAGGAAUAAGUUUGUCCCCUGAUCAUACUGGGGGACCCAGUCUUAACCCCACCAAGUCACCUCUUACCCUCCCCAUAUGUUCACCCCACUGUAUAGCUGUGUUAAGCUACUUGGCUUUAAUGAUAAAUGGAUUUAUUUCUGAGAGUG